AAAUUACUCAUAUAAAAUUAAACAUUUUUAUAAUUAUUUUUUAAAUUUUUGGUUUCUUAAAUAGAAAAAUUAUUGUCAUGCAUUUAAAAACUAUACUUAUUUUUUUUUUAGUAUGUUUUUUUACUAGCACAAAGAGCGAGGGACUUAAUGCGCCCCAAAUAAAACAUUAUCAAUGGUUGAUAUAUGUUCAUUCAAAUCGUGAAAUCAUUAAAAGAGUUUUAAUGGCAAAUAAUAUUGAAGAGAUAUACAAUGAUUAUAAUAAUGAAGAUCAAUUACCCAUAAGGUUUUACAAGUUAUUGAAAUUUUUGGUUAAUGUUGAAAAAUGUGGUGAUGAUGCAAAAAAUGUAGAAAAACUGAACCAAAAUGACUUGAAUAAUAUCUCAACUAAAUUCUGUGAUUUAGACAAAGACAAUGAUGGUCGGAUUGAAAAGAGUCUUUGCAUUAAAUUGAUUGAUUCGAUUGGAUACAGUGAUCUUUUUGGAAUCGAAGAUAUAGACGGAAAAAAUAUAGAAAUAGCUGUCUCUGAAUUGAAAAAAAAAAUUAAUGAUGGCCAGUAUUUAUACGACAUAGGCGAUGUAAUGUUGAAAAUAUUAUCGAUCAGGGCACAAUUUAAAAAAACAGAAUAUGGUGAAAUUGAAGAUUUUGAUCAUAUUGAUCAUUUAUUUAAAAAAAUCUCAAGUGAAUACUAUAAAGAGGAGGACAAGAAACUAUUAAAAGAAGCAGGGCUUGGUGAAAUUAAAGAUCGUGGUGUUAUGAAUAUUGCAAUUAAAGCAAUCGCAAAAAAGUACUAUGCAGACGAGGAAAAUUAAUAUUUAUUUUUAUUUAAAAUAAAGCUUUUUUUAAGCUUAAAAUAUUCUAUAGUUGUUAUAACUAUAGAAUAUUUUAUAUAUUACAAUAUGUUAUAUAUUGUAAUCCCUGGAUCCAUUUUUUAUUGUAUUUCAUUAUUACUAAUAAUUGCUAUUGCCUUAAGUUGAUUAUAAAUUGCAUUUUUAGCUUCUAUGAGGAGCUUGAAAGUAAUUGGUUUUACUUUAAAUCUUUUAUGAAAUUUCUUUUCUUUGAUAAAAACUAAUUAUUUUUUAGAUGUUAAGCGUACAUUUCAAUUUAUGUUUUUAUUACUCAUAUUUUACAUAAUAUUAUCUUCAUUUCUGACUUUUAUAUUAGUUUUCUCUUAUUUUGUUAGUUAAGUAUCAUUUUGAAAAUUUAAGAUUGAAAAAGCGUAUCAACUGAUUUCUUAUUUUUUAAGAGAGUAAUAUUAAAUUUUCAUAUUCCAUUAAAGCUAAUGAAAUAUUUUUAUUUUUCUUAAAAAAAAUUUCCUUCCAAUAUAAUUAAUGUUACACCAUUUUUACAUUAAAACAUUUUUUAUAUUUUUGUUAGAAUAGACCAAUAAUGGAAAAAUACCAAUUUUGAUUUAUG